AUGGAACGAAUUAUCUCUGCACAUGCUCAGCAAACCCCAGGUGCAACCGCCAUUAUUGAUGGAGCAUUCACCUUCACGUACGGCGAACUGGUUGCUAAGUCGAAUGCAUUAGCUCAGACACUGAGAAAAGAGGUCGAGAUAUCCACGGAGGAACCAGUUGGAAUUCUUCUCGAUUCAGGGAGGUUACAAGUUGUUGCUCAACUUGCUGUCUUUCUGGCUGGAGGCACCUGCGUACCGAUUGAGCCCUCCUUUCCAGAGCGUCGAAUCAAGUCCAUGUUACAAGAUGUCCAAGCUAAACAUGUCAUUAUGGAAAUGCCUAGAACCCUGACGCUCCGUGGAUUCAAUCAUAUCUACUUCAGUGAUAUCGAAAAGCAUUCUACCUCUGUCGUUCCCAAUUUAGGGUUUGGCCAUCGGGUCAAGCGGAGCCACAUACUCUUUACAUCUGGUUCAACCGGGAAACCCAAGCCGGUUCAGGUCCAAGCAAGUAGCAUAUUGCAUCUUGCCACAAAGACUCCAGUGACACCACUUUUUCCAGAAGACCGAGUGGCACAAUUCAAUAGUCCCGGCUUCGACCUCAGCCUUUUCGAGAUCUGGGUCACCCUGAUUGCUGGUGCAACCAUUGUGGUCACUCCACGUCAUGUAGUCACAGACCCUGAUGCUCUCCCUACGUUCCUUAGGGAGCAAAGUAUAACGAUCAUCAUAAUCACUGCGGCGCUGUUUGAGACUAUUGCCUUUGCUUCUCCUGGAGCGUUCGAAUCGCUACGUCACGUUCUCACGGCGGGUGACGUCGCCAAUGCGCGGGCGAUGAGGAGUGUAUUAGAAACACGUCCUCCCCGGCAUCUGUGGAAUACAUACGGACCUACCGAGUGUACUACUCUGACAACUAUGUUUGAAGUGACACUUAAAGACACUCGCCGUGAACGUAUCAGCAUUGGACAGCCCGUGGGAGAUAUGAAAGUCAUCUUACUAGACGAAGAUCAGAAGCCUAUCCUUGACUGCGGGAGACGCGGAGAAAUUUGCAUUGGAGGCCCUCAACAAUCCUCUGGAUAUUUUGCCCGGCCAUCGGAGACUGAGAAAUCCUUCAUCCGUCUACGUAAACAGGAUCUCGGGAUUCCGGAAGAGGAUGGUCUUAUGCGUCUCUAUCGCACUGGCGAUAUAGGUGCAUGGCAAUAUGGAUCCCGUUGUCUCGACUUUCUGGGCAGGUCAGAUACACAGAUCAAGUUCCGCGGAUUUCGAGUAGAACUAGGAGAGAUUGAAUGCGUCCUGCAAUCUCAUGAGCAAGUUCAGGCGGCGGACAUGGAUUCUGUACAUCCAGAGGACUUGAGGGACUUUGCUUCUAAACGACUUCCACAAUACAUGCUACCCAAUGCGAUGGAAAUUUUGGAAAGGUUUCCCUUAACAGCAAACGGAAAAUUGGACCGCAAGGCGCUGAUAGAUGGCCGGCUCAAGAUGCUCGAAGAACAGAAACCCCUUCAAAAUGGCACUGGAGAGAAACAAGACAAGACGACAGCGCUUUCUGACCUGUGCAAGAAGAUUCUGAACAUUCCACGUAUCCACGAUGACGAUGAUCUGUUUGCCCUAGGAGCCACGUCACUCCAAGCUGCGACUCUUCUUGCAUUGAUCCAAGACCGUCUAGGGUGCAUGGUUACGAUGGAAGACCUUUACAGUCAUUCUACAUUAACAAGUCUAUCACAGCUUAUCGAACUCAAGGAAUCCGGGAGCACAUGCAAUGCGCCUGAUAACACCAGGCUGUGGUUAGAAGACGUAAGUCGAGUCGAUGAUAUUGAACUACUCCCUCACUGGGAAUCCGAAGAUGAGGGAAGGGUUUUUAUCACAGGGGUGACCGGCUUUGUCGGAGCGCACUUUCUUCACUGUCUUCUUCGAAGGCCAUCUGUCAAGCAAGUAGCUUGUCUAGCCCGCUCGAAGCAGAAUAUGAGUGCAACCACCCGCAUCCGACAAGCCCUGGAGCGCUACGACCUGUGGGCUGAUUGUGCGGAACACGAGCAAAAGCUUAUUGUCCUUGACGGUGAUCUCGUCGAUAGCACUCUAGGCCUAGGAACAGAGCGCUUCAACUGGCUAGCCAACUGGGCAUCAAUAAUUUUCCAUCUCGGAGCUAAAGUGAAUUUCUGUGAAUCGUACCGCGAACACCACAGAUCCAACGUAAUCGGCACUUGUAAUGCGCUCCGCCUGGCCGCUGCAGGUCGUCGCAAAGCCUUCCAUUACUUUUCCACUAUCGACGUGUGGGGCCCAACCGGCCUCAUACUGGGAACCAAAGAGCUAUACGAGGACGAAUCCUUGAUGCCACACAGCCAGGCCGUACGGUAUGACCUAGGGUACUCGGGCAGUCAAUGGACAGCUGAAUCGAUGGUACGUCGCAUGCGUGACCGAGGUUUACCCACCGUCAUUUACCGGCCGGGGUUCAUCAUCGGAGACAGUGUAACCGGACAUAGCAAUCCUGACGACUUUAUGUCGCGGUUAAUAGUCGGAUGCAUCCAACUGGGUACCUUUCCCAGACUGGACCAACGGCUAGAAUAUGUGACACUCGACUACGUGAUCUCAGCCGCGAUGCAUAUCGCCUCGUCUAAUGAGAGCCUAGGACGAUCCUACAGCCUUCUCUCCCCGGAUCAGUCGAAAUCAGUCACUGUGAUUGAUACCUGCCGUGUAAUUAAUGAGGCCGGCUACCCGGUGAAGAUAAUCGACUACAACGACUGGGUUGAACAGGUCUUCGCAAAGCAACGGCCGGAUGGACCGCUGGCGUCCCUGUUGCCAAUGUUCAGGGAGCGUGUCCUCGGGCGAUUGACCCGCUGGGAAGUUAGUCAGUAUACUCCGUAUUAUCGAUCGGAUAAUACGGUCGAGGCAUUGAAGGAUCGGCCUGAUAUCCAGUAUCAACCGCUGGAUGCUCCGUUGCUGAAGAGGUAUAUCUCUUUUUGGAACAGGAAGGGAUUCUAUAAGGUGUGA